AUGAUUCUGAUUGUUGCAGCAGGUGUUGAUCCUAAGCAACAAAGUUUUCUCAUUUGUUCAUCUUGGUUCAACAUAGUUCAAAGGCAGCACGACGAUCAAUCAAUGAGCCUCGAGACAAAGGCUGAUGGUAUCAAUCUAUUAUCAAGGAAGAAAGGAUUGAGAUUUCAAAGCCUGGUCUCGACCAUGUUCGGAGCGUGUCUGAAAGGUUCUGAAUGGUUUGUUGUUCUUGCUCUGCCUGCAUUUCCUGAAGUGGCAUCUCCUCAUAACACCUACAAGAACGGCCCACAUCAAACAAACAUACGAGUUGAGUAA